AUGACGCUCGUUACCUCCUCCUAUGACACACUCAUCUCUGAAACACUGCUCACCUCUCCAGUCAGUUCCAACACCUCAACCACCCCGACGUCCAAGUUUGCUUUCAAGGUUGAAACCACUCCACCCACUGUGUUGGUCUAUUCGGCCACCACUGAGUGCGUGUAUCCAACGAGCUUUACAAUCACCAUCUCCCACCCCACCUCCAUCUGUGUGACCACGACGCAGGUGGCCUUCACCAGCUCUUACACCCCCACUCCCGUGACACAGAAGCCAGUGACCACCCUUACCAGGAAUUACCCUAUGACCACUACUGAGAAAGGAACAUACAGUGACUUCUGUGACAACGACCACCUCCCGGCCCACAGCCACCAAUACACUGUCAUCACCCACCGUACUCCCAGCUUCACUUCUUCAAUCACCACCACUGAGACCACCUCACCCAGUACUCCCAGCUUCACUUCUUCAAUCACCACCAUCGAGACCAGCUCCCAUAGUACACCCAGCUACACUUCUUCGAUCAGAACCACCGAGACCACCUCACACAGUACUCCCAUCUUCACUUCCUUGAUCACCACCACUGAGACCCCCUCACACAGUACUUCCAGUUUCACUUCUUCCAUGACCACCUCUGAGACCCACUCACACGGUACUCCCAACUUCACUUCUUCGACCACCACCACCGAGACCACAUCCCACAAUACUCCCAGCAUCACUUCCUCAAUCACCACCACCGAGACCACCCCACACAGUACUCCCAGCUUCACUUCUUCAAUCACCACCACAGAGACCACAUCCCACAGUACUCCCAGUUUCACUUCUUCAAUCACCACCACUGAGACCCCCUCACAUAGUACUCCCAGCUUCACUUCUUUGAUCACCACCACUGAGACCACCUCACCCAGUACUCCCAGCUUCACUUCUUCAAUUACCACCAUCGACAUCAGUUCCCACAGUACACCCAGCUACACUUCUUCGAUCAGAACCACCGAGACCACCUCACACAGUACUCCCAGAUUUACUUCCUCAAUCACCACCACCGAGACCCCUUCACACAGUACUCCCACCUUCACUUCUUUGAUCACCACCACCGAGACCACAUCCCACAGUACUCCCAGCUUCACUUCUUUGAUCACCACCAAUGAGACCUCCUCACACAGUACUCCCAGCUUCACUUCUUUGAUCACCAUCACCGAGACCACCUCACACUGUACACCCAGCUACACUUCUUCAAUCGCCACGACCGAGACCACCUCCCACAGUACUCCCAGCUUUACUUCUUUGAUCACCACCACAGAGACCACUUCACACAGUACUCCCAGCUUCACUUCUUCAAUCACCACCACCGACACCACCCUACCCAGUACUCCCAGUUUCACUUCUUCAAUCACCACCACCGAGACCACCUCACACAGCAGUCCCAGGUACACGUCCUUGAUCACCAAAACCGAGAGCACCUCACAUAGUACUCCCAGCUUCACUUCUUCGAUCACCACCACAGAGACCUCCUCACACAGUACUCCGAGCUUCACUUCUUUGAUCACCAUCACCGAGACCACAUUAAACAAGUACUCCCAGCAUCACUUCUUCAAUCACCACUACCGAGACCACUUCACAGAGUACUCCCAGCAUCACUUCUUCAAUCACCACCACCGAGAGCACCUCAAACAGCACUGCCAGCUACACUUCUUUUAUCACCACAACCGAUACCACCUCACACAGUAUUCCCAGCUUCACUUCUUCGAUCACCACCACCGAGACCCCCUCACACAGUACUUCCAGCUUCAUUUCUUUGAUCACAACAACAACUACUUCACAUGGUACUCCCAGCUACACUUCUUUGAUCACCACCAGCGAGACCUCCUCACACAGUACUCCCAGCUUCACUUCUUCAAUCACCACCACUGA